AUGUCUUGCUACCGUGGAAAGUACGCUGAUGAACUUAUUGCCAAUGCUAAAUACAUCGGCACCCCUGGAAAAGGUAUUCUUGCUGCCGAUGAAUCCACCGGCACUAUUGGCAAGCGCCUCUCGAGCAUCAAUGUUGAAAACAACGAGUCGAACAGGCGAGCUCUCCGUGAGCUUCUAUUCACCACUCCCGGUGCUCUUCAGUAUCUGAGUGGAGUCAUCCUUUUCGAGGAAACUCUCUUCCAGAAAACAGCUGCAGGUAAACCAUUUGUCGAUGUCCUGAAAGAAGGCGGGGUCCUCCCGGGCAUCAAGGUCGACAAAGGUACGGUCGAGCUCGCUGGAACCAACGAAUCCAAGAAAGUCUCUCCCGAGGUGAUUGCCGAGUAUACCGUGCGGGCCUUACAGCGGACGAUGCCGCCAGCUGUCCCGGCUGUGGUUUUCCUGUCGGGCGGGCAGAGUGAAGAGGAAGCUACUGUUAAUCUGAAUGCCAUGAACAAGCUCGAGGGAAAGAAGCCGUGGAGCUUGUCCUUCUCGUUCGGGCGGGCCCUGCAGCAGAGCACGCUAAAGGCGUGGGCAGGCAAGGAGGAGAAUAUUCCCAAGGCUCAGGCGGCUUUUCUCGCGAGGUGCAAGGCCAACUCGGAGGCAACCCUCGGGACUUACCAGGGGAGUGGUACGCUGAGCGAGGGUGCAUCGGAGAGCCUACAUGUGAAGGACUACAAGUACUGA